AUAUAAUUCCAUGUUUACAUCAACGCCUUCUGCGACACGUAUUCCUCCGGUGUGUCUGUCUGUCUGUUUGUCUGUGUGUGUACGGACGCGGCUCCUGGCACCGCAAUUACACAUUUUUCUGGAACUGUGGACCCAUCCAGCACAGCCCCGAGGAUGAUGCAAGAUGUGCUGGAGGCCAAUGAGCCCAUAGCACAGGCUGGCCUCAUCCAGAGAAUAAGCACCAGCAUCAGCAGAUGCCUGUUUUUCCCUUUGGGCCUUGUUGUGCAGCUGUACCAACACUACCUAGACAAAUGGACGCCCCACACGGCCUCACGCUGGGCGUUCACGCUGGCACUCAUCAUCGGCUUCAUGGUGCGCAUCAUGCUGCGGCAGGGCUGGUACAUUGUCUGCUACGCCCUCGGUAUAUACCACCUCAACCUCUUCCUUGCUUUCCUCACUCCCAAGAUUGAUCCUGCAUUUUCACAUGACGAUGUUGAUGACGGGCCAGGGCUGCCCACCAAGGUCAAUGAGGAGUUUCGUCCCUUUAUGAGGCGCCUUCCAGAAUUCAAGUUCUGGUACAGCGUCACCAAGUCAACUCUGGUGGCCUUCUUCUGCACAUUCUUCCAGGUGUUUAAUGUCCCUGUUUUCUGGCCGAUCCUUGUCAUGUACUUCAUCACGCUUUUCUGUAUCACCAUGAAGAGACAGAUCAAGCAUAUGAUCAAGUAUAAGUACCUGCCCUUCUCCCUUGGCAAACCUCGCUACCAGACCCAAGAGAACUCCAGCAAGCCGCCAGCACACUGACCCUGCUGUGCUUGGGUUGGCAGGACACUCUUAGGGUUAAUGUAAGCUGCUGACGAAGAUGUUUUAUACUUCCUGCAGUUAUUCUUUUUUUUAUUUAUUACUAUUAUCUUUUUGUAAUUUUUUUUCAUUAGAGUAAGGUCAUAGAUCACACGCUGCUGGACAUGCUGACUGGAACAUUGCUGAGCUGUGACCCGUCAACCAUGGUGGUUAUUAGUGCAACGGGAAAGUGUCUGUGCCAGUGAGAAGAGUGAAACUAUUGUGUUUGAGUGCCAGUAUCAAGCAGCUGCCAAGACCACAUGGCUCCAAGAACUUUUUCUCCUCUGCUCCACAAACAGGUUGGGGCUCAGCUUCUCUCAGAAUUUGGCUCCACAUUCACUUAGUAGCUACAAGCUAAAGAGAAUAUAAAUAUUUUUCUCCUAGAGAUAAUUUUUUAUAUUGCACUGAGUGAAGAGUGUAAUUAUGUGUUUGUUUCUUUCUGAGAGAGAGAAGGGGAGUGAAGUGCUCUCCUCCCUUUUUUAGAUGAAUCUAUAUAUUCUUCAAUAAACAUGUGAGCAAGAAAAGCCUGGUGUGGACACACACUCAGUGAGAGGGAGUGGUGUGUCUCAUCAGCCCUCAGAGAGCUUUCACUCAUAUAGGUUUGUCAUGAAAUACCUGCUUAUAUGUUGGUCUUAAAUUGUGGUUGUAGAAAUAUUCUUCAGGAAGGAAAUAGUAUGAGAAUUCACUCUGGGCUUGAAAUUUUGGAGUAUCCUGUGGAUACUGCAUUUGCUUUAAACUAAAGUGUGCAAGACCUCUUUUCUUUUUUGCCAUUCUGAUCUUUUCUUUUGAUUCGUUCAUUAGGGAGACAGGCAGCUGGUGGGUAACCUGUGAUUAGUGCAUAGGAUUGUUCUGACCAUGACCUGCACUUUGGAAAAUGUAAAAUUUUCCAUCAGUAGCAGUACUUUACCUCCAUAGAGAUCUCUGUAAGAGGCAUAUCAAUGAGAGAGGAAAGAUAAUAUGUCUCUUUGAACUGCUGCUGAUGUUGUGUUAAAGUAGAGAAUGAUAACUGAGAUUGUGUAAGAAAAGCCAUAAUUCUGAGUUUCCCUGAGAAGUGUGAGCUGACAUCGACUUGAUAACCUGUGCCUGUGACCUCUGUUUCCACUCUUCAAGGUCUUCACGUAGGUGGUAACUGUUAAUAUUAAGUGUUGUCACACAGAUUUUCAUAUUUUCAUUAAUUGUUUGUGUUCACAUAGAACCAUUUAAGAAGCUGUAGAGUGCUAGAGGAGAAUUCUUUGAUUUUGGUGAUAGUUGAUUAAAAUGAGAUAACUUGUGAGUUAAGACAGCAAAAAAGUGUGUGUGUGUGUGUGUGUGUGUGUGUGUGUGUGUGUGUGUGUGUGUGUGUGUGUGUGUGUGUGUGUGUGUGUGUGUGUGUGUGCACGCGCGCAAGAUGAAAAGUUACCUAUAAUGGAUUGGUUUAUUAAAAGUUAAGCUCCCCAAAGAAAAAAUGGAGAAAGAUUUUACUGCUGGUCAAAAUAAGUAAAUAAAAGAGUUAGAAUAUAUAUGACCCGAAAGAUUAUUGGCAUUUUCAGCAAGAGCAAAGGUGAAGUUCCAAGGUUGUACAUUCUCCUUGUGGCAGUUUGGACAAUUUUUCUCAGUCUCACAGUCAUUUGUUUCCCUAUCCAUGCAUUCCUGACUACUCUUGUUCUCAUUUCUUUCCUCCUCCUCCCUGCUCUCUCUCUCUCUCUCUCUCUCUCUCUCUCUCUCUCUCUCUCUCUCUCUCUCUCUCUCUCUCUCUCUCUCUCUCUCUCUCUCUCUCUCUCUCUCUCUCUCUCUCUCUCUCUUUUUCCUGGUUUGUUAGUAUUCAAGAAAGAGGAGCUAUGAGGAGGACAUGGAGGGCAUUUUUCUCUCAUCUAACCUUCUCAACACUUGUUUCCAGGACACAAUAAUACAACUGAUAUGGAUUUAUGUUCUCUGUUUUCCAUUUAAUUUUCUUCUCCUCCUAAACUGAUUAGGUACCAGUGGUAAUGUUCUGUUGUAUUUUAAUAUUAAUGUUGUUUUUUAUUAUUAUUGUUAUUGUUAUUGUUAUUAUCAUUAUUAUUGUUUUACUAUUUAUUAUUUUCAUUAUUAAGAUUAUUUUAUUUCUGUUCAUUUACUUAUUUAUUUAUUAGGUCGGGCAUUUAUAACAGACUUUUUUUUUUUCCCUCCAUAGUUGACUGUUUACUUCUCAGUCACUUAAUUCUUUUUUAUUUCAUUCACAGCAACCUAACCAGUUUAGGUAGAAAUUUUGUAGGUAAUCGCCUUGAUAGAGAAUUAUUAAUUAUGAUAUUUUAUUUAUUUUGUUGCAUAAUGAAAACAUGUAAGUUGAAUUUCAGAUGGGAAGUGAUUGAAGGUUUACUAGAGAUGUUUUGAAAUAACUCUUCCAUUUUCCAUACCAAAAGUUUUAUUGGUAUGAUGUAUCUGAGUUGAUGUACUUGUACUUUACCAUGUUGUGUUGUAAGGAUGAACAAGAUUUAUAAUGGCAUCUGUAAAUAAGUUGUUGAGUGAGUGAGUGACCAGACCUUUUUACCAGGAUCAUGUCUUUGUACAGUCUUGUCAACAAAUAGAUUAAACAGUAUAA